GUCAGUCCAGUAAACUUAAAUUCCAAGCAGCAAGAUGGAGCUGAAUCAUAUCCAACGCGUGUCAUCGGCGGGAUACCGACUCCCGGAGAGAACCACGAAGAGCCGGACGCCUGAAGUGGCCACAGCCCGGACCGUAAGCUCAGAACCAGCCAGUGCUCCGGAUCCGGUAGAUCAAGUCACGCGGGAUCGGGUCUGGAGGGAAAUGAUCUGGAGUGAGAGGAAAACAGAGCAAGAAUGGGAGAGGAAUUGGGGCUUUCUCAGGAACUAUGAUCACCUGGGUCAGCCAAAGACUGAGGAGCGUAUGCCCAGCUCCGUCCCCCUCUUCUCUGAUCAGGUUCCCAGCACCAGCAACCAGAUGUUCGGCAGCAGACUAUCCACCCCGCUGGGGAGUGAGCUGAUCAGACUGGACCGGCUGCUGCUGCGGUUCGGACGCCAACACGAGCGGGACCCGGAGACACAGUCCUGACAGAGAGGCCCUUAAACAUUCACUUCACCCUCUGUUUGAA